AUGGUGGUGAGCGAGAGAGGUUGUGACUCAGAAGAAGAGAUGAACAUGGACCUGAGGAAAGGUCCAUGGACGGCUGAAGAGGACACGCUGCUCAACAAUUACAUUACCAUCCACGGCGAAGGCCGCUGGAACUCCCUAGCUCGCUGCGCAGGUUUGAAGAGAACUGGGAAGAGUUGCAGGCUGAGAUGGUUGAACUACUUGCGACCUAAUGUCAAGCGCGGAAACAUUACGCUGCAAGAACAGCUGCUUAUCCUCGAGCUCCAUUCACGCUAUGGAAACAGGUGGUCCAAAAUAGCCCAACACCUGCCUGGGAGGACAGACAAUGAGAUCAAAAACUACUGGAGAACAAGGGUUCAAAAGCAGGCAAAGCAGCUCAAAUGCGAUGUUAACAGCAAGCAAUUCAGAGACACCAUGCGCUAUGUGUGGAUGCCACGCUUGGUCGAGCGAAUCAAAGCUGCCGGAGGCGAUUCCACCCCCACCGCCCCCGCCACCUACGGUCACCAUAUGUCAAGUCAAAUUCUGGACAUGCCCAGAAACGGCGAGUUUGGGUUGGGGUACUCAGACCCAGGUCUCCGGCCAGAGUUCUCCGGGGGGCCCUCAGAGGGGUCGGAGACCCAGGUGUCGCCGGUAUCAGACAUGACAGACUACUACGAUCUCUGGCGGGCACUGCUCGGACAGUCAGCAAAACGGGGUCAUCAUACCCAGCAAGCGGAUACAUCAUCUGGGUGCUUGGAAUUUGAGGGGCUUGAGCAGAGCAAUGGGUGGUCGUUGGGAGGUGGGGACUCACUGGAGAAUUUGCUGAAUGAUGAGGAUAUUUGGUUCUUAAAGCAACAGUUCUUUGACGACUUCUAG